UCCAAGACUGGCCUCCAGGAUGCCUCAAGGCGACCAGAACGCGUGGUUCGUACGUUGAUCGCCACCAUGCAGACCGAGCACGGCCUGGAACGCCUAGAACACGGGGCUAGGCAGUACCUCCCAGAGCUUCAGCUGAAUGCAGAGCUCAAAGGACGCAAAGCUACUUACCUCUAUCCUGGCGUCGAGGAAGACAUUCUCUUACCCAGUGAAUACACGCAUAAACACCAGGAGGCGUCUGACUGUGAAUGCGCUGACGCUGUGUUCCCAUGCGCUCAAGCAUUACAGUCUUCUUGUCAGGAGUUGGGCUGUGACUUCUCGAUGUCAAUAACGCGCCCGCGCCUCGCUAACAGAGACAACCUGAGGGUAUUCGUAGGAAACGUGGGCUCGGGCGAUACAGUCAUGAAGUCAGGCAAGGAUCGAGAUAAAGUCGCGACCUCCCACAAUCUGAUCGCUUUCGAAAUGGAAGGUGCAGGGAUUUGGGACGAAAUGCCUUGCAUCAUCAUCAAAGGCGUGUGCGACUAUGCUGAUAGCCACAAGCAUAAGACAUGGCAGCCGUUCGCGCUGCUGCCGCAGUCACCAAAGCAUUGUUGA